ACCCGUUAAUGUCCCCGUUGAUGUCCCCAAAUGUCCCCAAAUGUCCCAGGUUUGUCUCUGCCCUCCUGGCUCUCUAUUAUCCGUCCGACGGCGCCGUCCGGGAGGACCCCGAGCUCCAGGCCUGGGUGGGAGAAAUCUUCACCAGGGGCUUCCUGGGCAGGAGGAGCUCAGGGGUGCCCUCCCGCCUGGACUCCGUGCGCGGCCUCGUCACCUUCGUCACCACGGUCAUCUACACCUGCUCCGCCCACCACGCGGCCACCAACAGCGGCCAGUUUGAGCUGUCGGCGUUCCCCCCGAACGCCCCCGCCGCCAUGCGGGAGCCCCCUCCCCGCUCCAAGGCCGCGCUGAGCGAGCAGGAUUUCCUGGCGGCGCUGCCGGCCAUGAACACCACGGCCACGGUGCUGGCCGUGCUCUGGGUGCUGAGGAACGAGCCCAUGGACAUGCGCCCGCUCGGGCACUACCCCGACCGUCACUUCACCGAGGCUCCCGCCCGGCGCCUGAUCCGGCGCUUCCGGCGCCGCCUGCGCCGAAUCUCCCGGGAGAUCCGGGCCCGGAACGCGACGCUGGAGAGACCCUACCCCUACCUGGACCCCGAGAACAUCGAGAACAGCGUGGCCAUCUGAAAAACACCCAAAAACAGCCCAAAAACAGCCAAAAACAGCCAAAAACCAGACCAAAACAGCCAAAAAGAGCCAAAAACAGCAAAAAAACAGCCAAAAACAGCCAACAAACAGCCAAAAACAGCCAAAAAAUAUCCCCAAAAUUAUCCCCAAAAAUGCCCCUACCUGGACCCCGAGAACAUCGAGAACAGCGUGGCCAUCUGAAAAACACCCAAAAACAGCCCAAAAACAGCCAAAAACAGCCAAAAACCAGCAAAAAAACAGCAAAAAAAACAGCAAAAAAACAGCAAAAAAACAGCCAAAAACAGCCAAAAAAUAUCCCCAAAAUUAUCCCCAAAAAUGCCCCUACCUGGACCCCGAGAACAUCGAGAACAGCGUGGCCAUCUGAAAAACACCCAAAAACAGCCAAAAAACAGCCAAAAAACAGCCAAAAAACAGACCAAAACCAGCCCAAAAAUACCCUGAAAACAACCCAAAAUUAUCCCAAAAACAGCCCCCAAAACAGACCAAAAAUAUCCCCAAAAAUAUCCCCAAAAAUUAUCCCCUGCCUGGACCCCGAGAACAUCGAGAACAGCGUGGCCAUCUGAAAAACACCCAAAAACAGCCAAAAAACGGCCCAAAAACAGCCCCAAAAACACCCCAAACAGCCAAAAAACAGCCCAAAAAUACCCCAAAAAUAUCCCCAAAUAAUCCCAAAAAUAUCCCAAAAACAGCCUAAAAAUAUGCCAAAAACACACAAAAAUUAUCCCCAAAAAUAUCCCAAAAUACCCCAAAAAUAUCCCAGAACACAAAAAACAGCCAAAAUACUCAAAAAUAUCCCAAAAUAACCCAAAACACCCUGAAAUAUCCCAAAAUAUCCCAAAAUUAUCCCAAAAAUAUCCCGAAAUACCCCAAAAUAUCUCCAAAAUACCACAAAAUACCCCAAAAUAUCCGAAAACACCCAAAAAUAUCCCAAAAUAUCCAAAACACCCAAAAAUAUCCCAAAAACACUCCGAAAUAUCCCAAAAUAACCCAAAAUAUCCCAAAAUAUCCCUAAAUACCCAAAAAUACCCCAAAAUAUCCCAAAAGCACUCCGAAAUAUCCCAAAAUAUCCCAAAAAACCCCCAAAAUCCCCCAAAAUUGACCCCAGGCUCGAGACCAGCGUGGCCACAUUGGGGGGGAGGUCCCCAGUAUGGCACUGGUCUGAACUGGGAGCUGUUACUGGUUUAUACUGGGAGCUGUGACUGGCCUGUACUGGUCUGAACUGGGGGCUGUUACUGGUGUGUACUGGUCUGAACUGGGGGCUGUUACUGGUUUAUACUGGGAGCUGUGACUGGCCUGUACUGGUCUGAACUGGGGGCUGUUACUGGUUUAUACUGGGAGCCAUGACUGGUCUGAACUGGUGUGAACUGGGGGCUGUUACUGGUUUAUACUGGGAGCUGUGACUGAUCUGUAUUGGUCUGUACUGGGGGCUGUUACUGGUCUGUACUGGGAGCUGUGACCGGUCUGUACUGGUGUGUACUGGGGGCUGUUACUGGUUUAUACUGGGAGCUGUGACCGGUCUGUACUGGUCUGAACUGGGAGCUGUUACUGGUCUAUACUGGGAGCUGUUACUGGUUUAUACUGGGAGCUGUGACUGGUCUGUACUGGGAGCUGUUACUGGUUUAUACUGGGAGCUGUUACUGGUCUAUACUGGGAGCUGUUACUGGUUUAUACUGGGAGCUGUGACUGGUCUGUACUGGGAGCUGUUACUGGUUUAUACUGGGAGCUGUUACUGGUUUAUACUGGGAGCUGUGACUGGUCUGUACUGGGGGCUGUGACUGGUCUGUACUGGGAGCUGUGACUGGUCUAUACUGGGAGCUGUUACUGGUUUAUACUGGGGGCUGUUACUGGUUUAUACUGGGAGCUGUUACUGGUUUAUACUGGGAGCUGUGACUGGUCUGUACUGGUGUGUACUGGGAGCUGUUACUGGUUUAUACUGGGAGCUGUUACUGGUUUAUACUGGAGCCUUACUGGUGUCAAUAAAGGUGUCGCUGGA